CUCCUACAUGCAGGUUUCUGUCCAGCACACCCCAAGCUGAAACUGGAGAUGCAAGGAUGAUGACCAUCAACGACUUCGUCUUUUCUCUCGGGAUUGAUAAUCUCAACUUGUUCAAAAUUCGGCGAUACAUCAAAGAAAGCAACAUUGUGCACAAAGUAAGCAGUUACGGAGAAAAACUUCUAGAUCAGGCAUCGACCGAAAGCAAGGCCAGUGCAGUGUCUGCCAGGACUUCAGUGACAGGCUUCCACAUGCUGGCCGAAUUCAUAUUGGCUCUUACAAAUGCUGAUACUGAUGGUCGAGUAAUUUUGAUGCCAAGACCAGCAAAAGGCCAUUCGUCUGACGCCGCUGACGGUGGAUCCCUCAAGUUCGUCAUGUUGAAUGCUGCCAAGUAUUUUGCAGAGGUUUUGGAGCAAGCAAGGGCGGUCAUUUUGGCAGGAGGUACGCUGCAGCCAGUUGAAGAGCUGAGACUCCGUCUGUUCCCUCAUCUACCCGAAGAUCGGGUGCAUGUAUUCAGUUGUGGUCACAUUGUUCCUCCGGAGAGCAUUCUUCCUCUAGCCAUCGGCAAAGGGCCCAGUAACCGUACGUUUGACUUCACCUAUCAGUCUCGUUUCUCACCAGCAGUAGUUGAAGAGCUAGGCAUUCUAAUGAAAAACGUAUGCACCGUUGUGCCUGAGGGAAUUGUGGUGUUUUUCCCGUCGUUUGAGUAUGAGGCCCACGUCUUUAAUUCAUGGCAGUCCGCUGGUACAAUUUCUGCCAUCGAGGCCAAGAAAACAUUGUUUCGAGAACCUCGAGAUGCAGCCGCACUUGAAGAUGUUCUGAGGCAGUACAGAGAGUGCAUAUCGAGACCUCCGGAAGGGAAGAAAACAGGUGCUGUGUUGAUGUGUGUAGUUGGGGGCAAAAUGUCCGAAGGAAUCAAUUUCAGUGACGGGAUGGGACGUUGUGUCGUGAUGGUCGGACUUCCUUACCCAAGUCCCAAUGAUCCGGAAUUAGUAGAGAGGAUGAAAUACAUCGACAGCUUAGCAUCUGCAGACAGCCAGGGUUCACAUGGUGGGAAGAAAAGUAGAGAGUACUACGAGAAUUUGUGUAUGAAGGCCGUCAAUCAAUCCAUCGGACGGGCAAUCCGACACAUCAAGGAUUACGCUGCCAUUCUGCUGGUCGAUGCCAGAUAUUCGUCGGAAUCUUCAGGUCCUUCAUCAAAGUUGCCCGGCUGGAUUGGAGACAGGUUGGUGAAAGUGACUGGAAGCUUUGGUGAAGUCCACAAACGGUUACAUCAAUUCUUCAAGUACAAUCGAUUGAGAGACCAACAAAACGCCAACUUGCAGCUGGACAUGGCACUUCCAAACAAAGUCAUCCAGCCCCGAACAAACAUAUUCCACGAUCACGCCGUUUUCUCGUAGUGAAGGUACACAUCCAUUCGAUCCUGCAGAAGGCGAACCUCGACAAGGAUUCUCGUGUACACAGGGCAAUGGAAUUCAAGACGCCCACACAGUACAGUAAAGGACAUCUCGCCUCGUUUCCUGGUCG